GUGGCUAGGUCGGAGCAGUUGUAGAUGCAAAGCAGUGAGCUAGCUUCCCGUUGGGCUCUCCUGCCUGCACAGAGCUCAGUAUACUAGGUGAUGUCCGUUCGAGGGCUGGAAAGGCUGAUAAAGCUAGCCUACAGCGCGGAGGAGCAGCGCGCUCGUGCAGAGGACGGUGGCGGGAUCGACGACGGCGUGGAGGGUGUCAGCAUGGUGACUCUCGUUCGUCGCAUACGAUUAGGAGUCGCAGGCUGGGUAGACUGCGCGCGUAGUUGGAGACGCUCUACAUCGACUGUGGUGGCCAUCGUCGCUGUCCUGUGCGCUGGCAGCCAUUGCCAUCAGACAAGCCACAGGCUCAAUAGCCACGGGCACUAACUUACUUGGCGCCUAGUUUAUAUAAGAUUCAAUACAUUGUACUGGGGACCCUUGAACGUUUUGAUUAGAG